AUGUCUAAACAUGCGAGCAAAUUUUCUUCCUGGGACAAAUUAUUUGCUCUCAGUUCAUCUGAGCUUCGUGGUUUGGGUAUCGAACCAGCUCGCCAGAGGCGUUAUUUGCUCCAGAAGAGAGAAAAGUUUAGGCAGGGGGUUUACGGGCCUGGUGGUGAUCUGGACCACGUUGUUGACGGUGCUGCACAGCUGAGAGUUGUCGACGUUCCUUCGGAUACCAGUGGUUUGUCAAAAAGCGCUUUCUCCGCAAAUACCUUUGGCUCUUCAGCUACCUUGUCUCCGGGGAUGAGGAAAGCUAUUGUGAACAUCGAUCCCGAUGCUACCGAAUACAUACAUGAUCCGUCCAAACCACUCAGGAGAUUUGCGUAUAUGAAAAUCCACAGAGGCUCUAUGGUUCGCGGGCCAUUUUUGCAACCUAUCAAAGGGACAAAUGGUUGUGCGUCUUUAAUACGAGCCGAGGAGGAGUGA